CUUCCCUACAACAAACUGGAAUCAUCAGUUUCCUUCUCCAAAUCCCCCAAAUCUCAUUUCUCCCGAACUCUCUCUCUCUCUCCCACUUCAAGUCCACUGGAGUCGUUCAAGCAGCAGCAACAGCCUCCUCAGCCUCCAACCACGCCCAAACACAGAGAAAACAGGCACACAAUUCCAGUCCACCAGAAGUCCCAUAGAACCUCACCUACCCAAUCAGCCACCCCAACCGCCGCCGCCGCCUCCUCCUCCUCCUCCCUGGUAUGCUCCUCCUCCCAUCCAAUGUUCUCCUCCACCCCAUUCCUCGUCUCCUUCCUCCUCCUCCUCUCCCUCUCUCUCCUCUUCCUCUUCGCCCCACGCUUCCUCCCCCCUUCCCGCCCUCCGAUCCCCAUAUCCGCCUCCGACGAGCUCGACGACCAGAUCCUCUUCAACCGCGCCCUCAACCCUAACCCUAGAAAACCCAAGCCUACAUUCUCCCACCUCGCCCUCGAUUCGAAAUCCUCCAAACCCAAGAUCGCCUUCCUCUUCCUCACCAACUCUGACCUCCACUUCGCCCCCCUCUGGUCCCUUUUCUUCUCCAAAACCAACUCCAAUCUUUACAAUAUUUACGUCCAUGCCGAUCCCGCCGCCAACGUCACCCUCCCUCCCGGCACCGUCUUCCACAACCGCCUCGUCCCUUCCAAGCGCACUUACCGCGCUUCCGCAACCCUCAUCUCCGCCACGCGCCGCCUCCUUGCCUCUGCUGUCAUCGACGACCCUGCCAAUCUAUUCUUCGCCGUUUUAUCCCAGUACUGCGUCCCCCUCCACUCCUUCCGGUACGUCUACAACUCGCUCUUUUUCUCCACCACCUUCGACUUGACCCGACCCGCCACCGGCUCCGACGCCGAGUUGGCCCAGAUGGGCCUCAAGGUCCGGCCCAAGAGCUUCAUCGAGAUCCUCUCCAAAUCGGCCAGUCUCUGGAAGCGGUACUCCGCCCGUGGACGCUUCGCGAUGAUGCCGGAGGUCCCGUUCGAGCAGUUCCGGGUCGGGUCCCAGUUCUUUCUCCUCACCCGACGCCACGCGCUCGUGGUUUUGAAGGAUCGGGCGCUGUGGAGAAAAUUCAGAAUGCCGUGCUAUCGAGAAGACCAGUGCUACCCUGAAGAGCACUAUUUUCCGACGUUGUUGUCAAUGGCGGAUCCGGAUGGGUUAACCCGUUACAGCCUGACCCGGGUAAAUUGGACGGGUACGGUAAAAGGGCACCCGUACACUUACCUACCCGGGGAAGUGUCGGCGGAGCUGAUUCAUCGGCUGCGGAAAUCGAAUUUGUCGGAGUCGUACCUGUUCGCGAGGAAGUUCUCGCCGGAUUGCUUGAAACCCUUGUUGGGUUUGGCCGAGAAGGUCAUUUUCCGGGACUGAGAUUCUGCUCAUUCACUCUGGUGAAAAGAAAAAAACCAGUGAAAAUGUUGUUUUCCGAGGGGGUGGUGAGGAUUUGGCAACAAGUUGGAGAAACCGAGUGGGGGAAUACGGUUUUGGAGAGGCGUAAGAAUUUGCCCCCAAACUUUUGACCCAUAGGAAAUUCCAACUGAGUCGUUUCCUCUCGAACAAGAUAAUAUAAAAAGGGAGAAGAACUUGUAUAUCACGGAUUGUUAUCCGCAACCACUCACGUUCGGCCAAAAAGUAGAGGAAAAAGAGAAACCUCAAACCAGUCUGCCACCCACUAGUGUCAAAGUAUUGAAAGGGGAAGCAAAGCAAGCAAGGUACCCCUUCUUUUUUAUUUUUUUCAUUUUGGGUUAAAACUAAAAGAAAAUUGGUAUUUUGUGGCGUGAUGAUAUAGUGGUACCAGCAGACAUGGUGUAGUGUAUGUAUAGCAGUAGGUCCUUUGUCUUUUUGAUGCGUGUUUUGUACAUAUUAAUAUGAAAUGUAGAAAUGGAAUAUUUGUACGGUGUAAUACACGACAAGAAAAAAGGGUCCCCAUUGAAUUUGAGGGGCCUAAGAGUAAUGAAAAUGUUUAUUAUAUUUACCGGGAAA